AUGAAUACUUUAAGUUCAAAUCCUAAAAAAACUAUGUUUUAUGCUGCUGCCUAAAGUAUUAUAAUUUCUUCAUAUUUUAGACAUGUUAAAUCAGCAUUCCUCUUACUCUUCUGUUUAAAUUCUAUAACGAAGCUUAUUAUAAUUACACUAACUUCCAACAAUUAAUAAUCAAAGACAUUAAUUGAGUUAAUCAUUAAAUAAUUAUUCAGAUAGAGUUUAAUACAAUCUAUCUCUUCCUUAAAAUACCAAUAUAGUUUUAUAAGAUAGAGAUAGAUCUCUCUCUUAAAAAACUAAUAACUCUAUUAAUCUAAAUAUAUCACUUGAAAGAUUAUAGAAUACUUAAAAUAUUAAGUCUAAUUUCUUAAUUCCAAAUCAAAACUCAAACUUGAAUUACGAUAAAGAAAUUUAAAAAUAACAGUAUUGUUAAAUCAUAAUAAAGAUUAAAAGCAUAUUUAUUAAAAUAAAUAUAAGAAAAAUAAAUAUCAUAUUAACAAGAAUAAGAAAGAAUCAAAAUUGAAGAUCGUAUAGCUGAAGAAUUAGUUAAAAGAUAAUUAGAAGAAAUUAGAAUCAAAUAAAAGUCUAAAUUAGAUAUUUCUAAAAAAGGUAGUUUUUGGUUGAUAUAUUAUUAUAUAAGAAAAAUCUGCAAUUAUCCAAAAAAUACAGAAAUGUAUCAAAACUUUCUCUUUCACCACAUCAAGAUGGACUAUUCAUGUAAAUAUAAAAAUCUAAAUUUAUUCACAAUAAUCAAUAAAAUGAUCUACUUUAAAAAUUAAGUAAUAUUCAAGUAACUAUCCCUUUAAUUCUAUAGAAUAAUAUCAAUAAUCUAUAACAAUCAUAAUCCAAACAAAAUCAUGCAUCAUCUGUCAGAAAAAACAUCAAAUAAAUGAUUCGAAAAACAUGUUAAUUACUUCCGGCACAUAAUGAAUUAAUCUAUGAAAAUAUUCAUAAUUAAUUUAAUGAUAAAAAAUUAGAAUGUGAAACUAUAUUUAUACCAGUCAAUUCAAAAUUAAACACUAGUAUUUAUACUUCUUAAUCAUAACCUCCAUUCUAAAUUUAAUAGGAUAUAAAUAAAUCAACUCAUAAUUUCAAUUAAAAUAAUAGUUUUUAAUUACCAUAACACAAUAAUUCUAUGAUUAGUAAUCCUAUUAAUAAUGCAUAAAAUUACUCAUCUUAAAUUAAUAAUAUCAAUCGUAUAAAUAAUCAUUAUAGAUUAACAAUACACCAAUAAACUUCAAAAGAGAGAUCUAUUUCAAUAUCGAAUGAGAAAAUGCUAAUAAAGGUUGAUGAAAUUAAGGAUGAUAUACAAGGAUUAACAUAAAAAAUAAAAAAAGUAUAUAAACUGCCUUUAAACUUUUAGCCUAUUCAAAAUAAUUUAUAAUUAAAAUUACCACAUAGAACAACUAUGCUUAUGUAGAUAACUUCAAAAAAGUAGCUAUUAUGAUAUUCUUAGUUAAAAUUAAGUAUAAAAACAAGAAGAGCCAAAAUCAUCACAAAGAAAUUGA